GAAGAAGAAGGAGAAGAAGAAGAAUGUGUUGUCCGCUUAAAUAAGAGAAGAAGAAGAAGAAGAAUGUGGUCGUAGCGGUCUAUGGCCGAAAUGAUGGGUACAGACAGUAAAGGGGUCAGUGCUGAGUUUAAAACAGUCCCUUUCUCAGAGUCCCAGUUGGACUUUCCCGGUGAGCCGUACUCUGUGUCCGUCCUCAAAGCCGGAUACUGUCUCCCUCAGACCGACGGGACGUUUCGAGCUGACGGGACCAUCACCCUCAUCACAGGACCCAGGACCAUCCUGGUGGACACGGGCGGACCGUGGGACCGGAGCUUCCUCCUAACGACGCUGAAGAAAAGGGGUCUGGAACCGAGGGACAUCGACGUGGUAGUGGGGACUCACGGACACUCGGACCACAUCGGGAAUCUGAGUCUUUUCCCCACAGCGGUGAUGAUGGUGGGGUAUGACGUCAGCGAAGGGGACACGUACCGGCCCAACAGGCUGGCAGAGGGGCUCGCGCACUCCAUUGACGAGCAUGUGUCCGUCGUUCCCAGUCCAGGUCACACAGGACAAGACGUCAGCGUCCAAGUGACGGGAACCUCAGUGGGCACGGUGCUUGUUGCUGGGGACUUGUUUGAGUGCUGCACAGACGAGGACAGCUGGCGGCAGCUGAGCAUGGACACUGCAGUGCAGCAGGUCAGCCGGCAGCAGGCGCUGCGCAUCGCUGAUGUCAUCAUUCCAGGACAUGGACUCCCUUUCCGAGUGCUCAAGAACUGAUGAACCCUUUCUAUCGACUGAUCAUGUUUCAAAUAAUAAAAUGUAAUAUUAUAAUAUUGUAACACCCGAGACCUUCCUUUGAACAGCUGAUCAGCGGGUUGGGUCUCAGGACCACAGCGCUAUCUCUCACCCUACACCAUCAAUGGUGACUCACAACUUGAGCGGAGACAAGUUGCAGGCAAAGGCAUGUUUAUUAAUGGGCCGCUCAACUUAAAGAGCUAUUUUGCCUCCAUGACGUUGUAACAGAGUGGAAAGAAAACUUCUGAACUAGCUACUUAAUUUUCCUGAAUUUAACAGUUUUUGGUAAUGCCACAUUGAAAAAUAAUAUUUUAGGAAGAAAAAUAAAAUAUUGUCCUAAUAUAAGUAAUUGACUAGGGGAGUUCCCUGAUCAAAUCUAUUGGCUAAAAUCAGUUCCCUGUUUUGUCAAUUUUUCCCCCUAAGACCCAAAAAUAAUGGCGAUAGUCAAUAUCAAUGCAUUUGAAUAGCAGGACUAGUGAAGAGAUUGUAUACAUUUAAUUUAAAAAUCCAUUCAAGACUUGUUUAUGUGUCCUUGAAACCAUCUGAUAUGGCUCAUUAAAUCAAUGGACC